AUGGCUCGUCUCACAACUCUUCUCUUUGCCAUGUGGCUUGAUACUGUGAUAAGGUGUUGUUCUCUGUCUCAUUCAGGUGUGACAGUGAGCACAGUGGUUGAUCUGGAGAAGAGAAUCCUAGGAGGUCGUGAGUGUGGACCAAAUGAGCGUCAGUACCGUGUCAAGCUGAAGACCGGUGGCGGUGUUUGUGGCGGCUCUCUGAUCAGUCGCCAGUGGAUUCUGACUGCAGCUCACUGCUCUAAUCCAAAAGGGACGUACACCGCAUAUAUAGGCGGCUAUCCUGGUCCUCAUAAAGAAGUGGGAAUCACAGCUCCACAUGUGAUCUUCAAAGACGACGUCGGCAAGGAGCACGACCUCAUGUUAUUGAAGCUGCCUGAAGCAGUUGAUAUCAAACCUGUACAACGUCCCGACUGUCAACAUCCUCCCAAGAGGGUGACUCUGGUGGAGGAGUGGUGUACCAGGACAUGA